AAUACUUAACGCAAUGAACCCGAGCAAACUCAACGAAGUGAACAAAUACGCCGCCAUUUUCUCUUGUGCAUUUCUAUGUCAAUAGUUUACUAAUAUCAAAAUUUGGUGGGGUUUUGUUGGGGUAAAUUGCUCAAUUUUCCCAUUAAAUUAAAAAAUUUUUGUUUAAAAUAGUGUAAAAAGUAUACUGAGAUAUCAGAAAAAUGCUUGUACGCUAUUUGAAUUAUGUAAUGACGCAUCGAAUGGGCCAAUAAAGCCAUUGAAUAAGAGUCGUGUGCGUGAGCGAGCCGAGCUGUGGCCAACGGCAACAGCAGCAUCAACAUUCGUCCAAAUCACAACCUGAAACUGCACCAGCAACAUUUGAAGCCGUAAGGAAAAUAAUCGAAUUAUUAUAUUAAACAACUUUAUAUUGAGGUCCCUACCUCAUUGUGCAGCACAAGCUGCCUUAUUUAUGAGCAUUAAAGAGUCCCAGUAAGUCCCCAAGUUAGAACAUACCCCGCACUCCGCUUAAAAGAGUUGUUUGUGUUCCUGUGUGUAUGUUCAAAGACCGAGGAAGUCUCCUCGAACUUUACUCUUGCGAACUAAGCUCGUUCAUACCUGUUCAAUGGUAAAAUAAGGGUGACGGAGGGGCGCGUAUCAUACUACUACGAAGACAAUAGGAAAAUAAACCAACAAAGACAGGAGUUUAAAGUGUGAAUCUUUGCGCUGAAACGUAAACUUCUGGAGAUUGUGUGUUUUCGGCUUGAUUUUAACAAAAAAAAAAAUCAUUACAACUUCUACAUUUGUCACUAGCACUUAAAAAAUCGCGAUGGCAACCAGUGAUGACGAGCCAAUGCACCUUUAUGAGGUAUUCCAGAACUGCUUUAACAAAAUCGCCAACAAACAGCCGUCCACUGGUGGCCCCGAACGAAAUGGUGGUUAUCAAUCGCCUUACGGUGGGCUGGGUAUGGAAAAUGGUAUGUACCCCAACGACGACUUCAAUCCAAUGCACGACACAGCAGGCAGUAGUAAUCGAUUUAGCGAUGGAGGAGCUGUAGUAAAUCAGUAUUUUGACACUAAUCUUGGAAAUGGUGGUGGUGUUCCUCCAAGUGGUCCUGCUGGAUCCAGCGGUGGUUGGUAUUCUUCUCCUGUAGGCGGCUAUGGCAAUCAAAAUUCAUAUCAAAACAAUGGACCACUGGAUCCUCAUCACUUAGCAGCGCAACAGCAUCAUAAUGCCGAUGCACAACACCACGGUAUGCCAGGUGGUAUGGGUGGGGGACUUCCCAUUGAUAACGUUGGUAUGCACAGUCCAGUGCCUACAUCUCUACCGCCAAUGAGUUCAUUUCGCAGUGGUGCCAAUAACUUGCAACAGAUAAGUGGGCCAGCGGCCCAUUCGCCGGCGACGCUUUACAAUUCGCCACAGCACAGCGCUCAACACACAUCCCUAGCGACGGCAACAGCUCACGGACAUCAUCCCCUUUCGCACAAUCAUCACAAUCAGCAACAUAGCCCAGCGGUACAGUCCGAUGCUUUUAGUGUAGGCGUUGGUGGUCUUGGCGUUCUUGGCCCUAAAGGACCUUCUGCUACGUCUGGAAAUACAACUGCCUCCUUGCGACAACACAUGUACAUGACAGCAGCCGCUGCGGCUGCUGCCGACCAGAGCAUUAGCAGUUUUAGUUCAAAUCCUUCAACCCCGGUAAACUCCCCACCGCCACUGACACAAAGUGGUUUAUCGCAAUCCCUAAUUGAUAAAUCAGUUGUUGGUAGUUCUGGAGGUGGAACUCCAUGGGGAGCCGUUUUAAAUGGUGGUGGUGGUGGUGGUGUGAAUUCAGUUAGUGGCGGAGGCAUGGGAGUUGGUGUAGGCGGCAGCUACGCCAGUGACGUUGGUCCAUCCGGUUUGCACACAAUGGCCGCUGUCUUCCAAGGUGCGCGCAUGGAAGAACGUCUUGAUGACGCGCUUAACGUGUUACGUAAUCACUGCGAGCCUGAGCUGCUGGGCGGCGUAGGCGCUGCACUUUCGGCAAUGGACCACAUGGAUGGGCUGUCUAGUUUUGUGCCAACAUCUCCGCCAUCGCACAUGGUCGGCGGUGUGGGCAGCACAAGUGGUGUAUCAGCUCUACAUUCACCACAUGACGUUCUGUCAGGCGCCGGUCCGUCGGUGGAUACAGUAGGCGCAGCUAGCGGUAGUGGAAUGAAUGCCACGCCAUCAGCGGUCACACAAAUAAAGAUGGAACGAACAUCUACGGCCACAUCCAGCGGCUCUGGAACCACGACGAAGUCAUCAAAGAAACGAAAAGAAGCAGCAGCCGCCGCUGCUGCCACAACCGCAAUGUCUGCCGCAUCGGCUAACUCUGGCGCAGGAGCUUCAACGUCGUCAAUGAGUGGUGCUAUGGGAGGCGUAGUUGACGGACCUGAUACGAAACCAACCAGCUCAAUGGAGGCUACUCAACACAACCAUCCUGGGGCGUCAGGCAAAGGCUCAAAACGACCGCGUCGAUAUUGCUCGUCAGCAGACGACGAUGACGAUGUAGAGCCAGCCGUUAAGGCGAUGCGAGAAAAAGAACGACGUCAAGCGAAUAAUGCGCGGGAACGUAUACGCAUACGUGACAUUAACGAAGCGUUAAAAGAGCUUGGACGGAUGUGUAUGACACACCUGAAGUCGGAUAAACCGCAAACAAAGCUGGGCAUCUUAAAUAUGGCCGUGGAGGUGAUAAUGACACUGGAACAGCAGGUACGUGAGCGUAAUCUAAAUCCGAAAGCGGCUUGUCUGAAACGUCGUGAAGAAGAAAAAGCAGAAGAUGGGCCAAAACUUGCGGCGCAGCAUCAUAUGUUGCCACAGCCACCAGGCGGUGGUGUUUACGGCCAACCGCCAUUGCCACAGGUGUCAAUACCACCUGGCGCCGGUCUGCCAGUACCACCGCCACAAGGAAGUGGAGUGCAAUUGCCACCACAUCUACAACAGCACAAUCAGCCGCAACAUCCACAACAAUAGCAGGCGGCAGCAGCAUUAGC